CGCCCCCGUGCGCGGGCGGGUUGGCGGGAAAGGCCGGCGGGGCCUGAGGGGCCUGUGCCUGACGGGACCGGAGGGGCCCGGCCCGGCACGGCACGGCUCGGCACGGCACGGCUCGGCCAUGCAGGCCUUCCUCAAGGGCCCGGCCUCUAUCAGCACCAAGCCCGUCGCUGCCAAGGAAAAGAACGCGGCCGGGAGCAGCGGGGAUGGCAAGAAGACCAAACCCAUCCCCUGGGUGGAGAAAUAUCGUCCCAAAAAUGUGGAUGAAGUUGCAUUCCAGGAUGAAGUUGUAGCUGUGCUGAAGAAGUCCCUGGAAGGUGCUGAUCUUCCCAAUCUGUUGUUCUAUGGCCCACCUGGAACUGGAAAGACUUCCACUAUUUUAGCAGCUGCAAGAGAACUGUUUGGGCCUGAUUUAUUCCGGCAGAGAGUCCUUGAGCUGAACGCGUCGGAUGAGCGUGGGAUACAAGUGAUCCGGGAAAAAGUGAAGGCUUUUGCUCAGCUCACGGCGGCUGGAAGCCGUUCAGAUGGUAAAAUGUGUCCACCUUUUAAAAUUGUGAUCCUGGAUGAAGCUGACUCUAUGACUUCAGCAGCCCAGGCAGCCUUAAGACGCACAAUGGAAAAAGAAUCUAAAACAACACGUUUCUGUCUCAUUUGUAACUACAUCAGCAGAAUAAUUGAACCUUUAACAUCUCGAUGCUCCAAAUUCCGCUUCAAGCCUUUGUCUGACAGUAUCCAACAGCAGAGGCUGUUGGAUGUUUCUGAGAAGGAACAUGUGAAAAUCAGUAAUGAGGCAGUAUCAUACCUGGUGAAAGUGUCAGAAGGGGAUUUAAGAAAAGCAAUUACUUUUCUUCAAAGUGCCACUCGCCUAAUGGGUGGGAAGGAGAUCACAGAGAAGAUAAUCACUGAAAUUGCUGGGGUCAUCCCUAAAGAAACAAUUGAUGAACUGCUAUUGGGCUGCCAGAGUGGUUCCUUUGAGAAACUGGAAAAACUGGCAAAGAAUCUCAUCAAUGAGGGGUUUGCUGUUGCUCAGCUUGUAAACCAGCUGCAUGACACCAUUGUGGAGAGCGAAGAUUACAGCGACAAGCAGAAAUCUGCCAUGGUCGAGAAACUUGCAGAAGUGGACAAAUGCCUGGCAGAUGGUGCUGAUGAAUUCCUGCAGCUGAUGAGUCUCUGUGCCCUUGUGAUGCAGCAGCUCACACAGAACAUCUGACUCCUCCAGCAGCCCUUUGUUCCGGGGGUGGCGGGGCUCUCAGAGCAGGGACCUGUGUACUUUUGUACCUUUUUUUUCUUUUUUUGCAAUAAAAGGACUGCACUGCAGUUGGAAAACCUGA